AUGGGGAUUAUCGUCUGUCAGGAUCGUGCGCUUAGCGGAAGCUGCGCGGUCAUCUACCCGAUCCUCGAAACACACCCACCUUUUUGGUUUGAGUUCGUCGAGAGCUUCGUGUCGAGCUACCCUAAGCACAAGCAUCAGAAAAUACGGGAGGCAUUGUCGCUCCUCACAAACGCCUCAGAAUCGUAUGAGAAAUUCUUCUCCGAAGUUUUUGCAUUUCGCCAAAUGAUGCGGGCUCUCUGA